AUGAUGGCACGAGGUCAGACCGAGUCUCCGGAUAAGCCGUGUACGUCUAGCGUUCGGUGGAGUGACGAGCGGAUGCGCGACAAACGUACGACGGUUCCUGCCACUCCCUGGCGUCCGCGCAUCCUGCGUCGCGAUCUCUCCAUCGACAUCGAUCAACCCAGCCCACUCGAUCGCAAAGUCACGCUACCCCCACUCAAGCUCAUGCGAGACGAUCCCGUCUUCUCGCCCGCUCCUAGCUCGGCUACCCUUGUACCAAGUGCGGAGAAACACGACGAGCCAAAGGGAGACGCAUAUCGAUGCACCCACAACUCACCCUUCCUUCCAAGAGCUCCUCCUAACACUACCAGCAAGCCUGAUCAUGCCUUGCGCUCGGCCAAACUUCAAGAGACGGAUGCUCAAGCUUUGCUGCGUCAGGGUGGCGGGAUGAACAAGGCGGGCGAGACCAAUGUCUAUGUCAACGGUCUUCCCAAAGAGAUCAACGACAACACGCUUUAUCUGCUCGGCUCGUUCUGCGGCGUGGUGAUCAGCCACAAGGCGAUGCUCGAUCGACAUACGGGUCUGUGCAAAGGAUUCGGCUUCCUCAUGUACGCCACGCCCGAUAUGGCGACCACUGCGAUCGAGUGGCUCAACUCGCACGGCUUCAGUGCGUCCUUUGCCAAAGAAUCGUUCUCGGCGCGGUUGCGACGCAUGACGGAUACGAGUUCGACCAACGUGUAUCUCUCGAACCUGCCGGUGAAGCUGAAUGAGGCGCAGCUGGAGCAGCUCUUCAAUCCGCAUCCGGUGGCGAGUCUCAAGAUCCUGUACGACGUGCAUGGCGAGAGCAAGGGCGUCGGAUUCGUCCGGUUGUUGGAUCGCCAAACCGCGCGGACGUGCAUCGAGCGACUGCACGGUCGAGUGCUGCCCGGCACAACGCUGCCGCUCCAGGUGCGGUUUGCGGACAGCGAGGGGCAGAAGCACCUCAAGCAUUCGGUGCAGCAGAAGCACACGCUUGAAUCGCUCGGGCUACUCAACCACAAAGCCACGCCUUCGCCGGCUGUCCACACGCGGGCCAUGCAGAGCAGCGAGGUGCGAUCCGGACACUUUGGGGGAGAGAUGAGGCCGUCGGGCUUGGUGGCCUCGCGCGCUUGUGUGGGGAUGCCCAGCGUGCCUGUUUCGCCCGAGCUGCCCAUCUCGUCGAACCUGUACGGGCCCGGUGGAUUGGGCAUCCAGGUACCGCCGAUGUGGGCGCCCGCGCAUCCGAUGGUUAACGCGAUGCAGCUCGCCCAGCCUGUGCUCGCCGAAUGGACAUCGAUGCCCACUGCUCCGGUGGUGUUUCCGGAGCCGCUCUUCUACGCGACGGACCAGUACCGCGUGCCCGUGGUAGACUGGGCGCAGAAGAAGAGCGAGCCCGAACCGCUUGCUGCGCUGCCGAGGCCGUUCAUCCCGCCGCCUGGGCUGGUGCCUCGCGAUGGCGAGGACAGUCCCAGCCAACCCGCUCAUCGACAGCAUGCGCGCAAGGAGGCACGGCUGGAUGGUGCCGCGCGUGUGCGCAUCGCUGGCGGCGAGGUGCGCAGCAUCAACGAUGGCGCCCGCGCCGUAUCGGACCCCACGACGCUGCUCGCCGCGCAGGCAAGGGCGAGGGACACUGCCGGCGCUGGACGAGUGCGCCGCGCCAUGUCGGUCGAGCACAAUCACACUGUGCACGACGACGAGACCGCCUCGAGCGAGCACGCCGACGACGACGACAGCAGCCUCAGCAUCGAGAUCCAGAUCCACGCCGAUGCCUAG